AUGCUGCACGGCCUGAUGGACAACUGCGGCUCCUUUGAGGGCAUACAGCCUCACCUGCCGUCCGGCUACCGCUGCAUCAGCAUCGACCUGCCAGGCCACGGCCUCUCCAGUCACCUUCCGGCCGGUGUCAUGUACGACUUCUUCAAGGGAGUCACCUACAUCGCGCUGGUGCGCCGCUUCUUCGGCUGGGAGCAAUUCUCCCUCUUGGGUCACAGUCUUGGAGCUGGGAUGGCCCUGCUGUAUGCCUCCUGCUUCCCGCUGGAGGUGCACUCGCUGGCCGUGCUGGACCCCGUCAUGCUGACAGUUGACGAGUCCAAGCAGCCUGACGUCACCAGGGACUGCGUGCUGGCAUACACAAAGAUGAUGGAAAAACGGCUUCAGACUCCUCCGACAGGAGUGCCCUAUGAAGAGCUUCGGCACCGGGUUAUGUCGCACGCGCUCAUCGCGGAUCCCGCGGCUGCUGACACGCUUCUGGUGCGCGGCUGUCGACGCCUCACCUCCGACACCUCUGGGCUCGGGCGCAUGACCGCUGACCGGGAACAGACAACCCCUGACCCCGCCCGCAGCGCGGCCGCCGCCGACUCCACAGACGGCUCGACCUUUGACCUGCAUGCGGCCGAUAGUGUUGCCCCGCAGCCGGCCGCCGCGGGCGCCGGCGGCGAGCGGCUGGGCCCUGACCUCUACUGCCUGACCUCUGACCCCGUGCACCGCAUCACCUCGCUGCUGCAGUCCUUGUCGGCCCGCCAGUACGCUGCCUACCUCUCCCGGCUGCAGUGUCGCCUUCUGGUGGUCCUGGCCGACGACGGCGACCGCUGGGGGACACCGCAGGACGAGCGCAUCGCUCUGGAAGCCUGCAAGCGUGCGCUGGGGUCGCAGAUGACAACCGUUACUGUGCCCGGUACCCAUCACGUGCAUCUCUGCCACCCGGGCCGGGUGCUGGGGCAUGUGGUGAACUUUCUGGACACGUGGGACGGGAAGGAGUGCGCGGAUGAGGAGCAGGCGGUUGGAAGCGCUGCGCAGUAA